AUGGCUCAAUCCGUCCCACCAGGAGACAUCCAGACUCAACCAAAUGCCAAGAUUGUCUUCAACGCCCCGUAUGAUGACAAGCAUACCUACCACAUCAAGGUGAUCAACUCUUCGGCUCGGCGUAUUGGAUACGGUAUCAAGACCACCAACAUGAAGAGACUCGGAGUGGAUCCACCAUGUGGAGUUCUUGACCCAAAGGAGGCUGUUCUUUUGGCUGUUUCCUGUGAUGCUUUUGCUUUUGGACAAGAGGACACCAACAACGAUCGUAUCACUGUCGAAUGGACCAACACCCCAGACGGCGCCGCUAAGCAAUUCCGUCGUGAGUGGUUCCAAGGAGACGGAAUGGUUCGCCGUAAGAAUCUCCCAAUCGAAUACAAUCCAUAG